UUUGUGGACCACCAAAAUACCAUAGAAGAAGAAGAAGAAGAAGAAGAAGAAGAAGGAGAAGAAUGGCUUCUCGCGUUGGAUGCGACCACUACGUGCGCAGCUGUUUGCUGAAAGCUCCGUGUUGUGGUAAAGCAUAUGUUUGUCGCCUGUGCCAUGAUGCUGAGGAGGACCAUCAAAUGGACCGCUUCCUGGUCAAAGAAGUGCAGUGCUCAGUCUGCAACACAGUACAGCAGGCACAACAUACUUGCCAGGAGUGUAAUGUGACAUUUGGGGAAUAUUACUGUGAUAUAUGUCACCUGUUUGAUCAAGACAAGAAGCAGUAUCACUGUCAGCCCUGUGGAAUAUGCAGGAUCGGGCCAAGGGAGAAAUACUUCCACUGUGAGAAGUGCAAUCUCUGUUUAGCCGGUAAUCUACGAGGAAAUCACAAGUGUGUUGAAAAUGUUUCAAGACAGAACUGCCCAGUGUGUAUGGAGGAUAUCCACACAUCCAGAAUAGGAGCUCACGUUCUUCCAUGUGGCCAUCUUCUACACAAAACAUGCUUUGAUGAUAUGGUCCGAACUGGUGCGUAUCGAUGCCCACUCUGUAUGCACUCCGCUUGGAAUAUGGAGGGCGACUGGGAGCUGAUGGACAAGGAGAUCACUCAGUCACCCAUGCCCACUGAAUACCAGGAUGCCACUGUGAAGAUCAUAUGUAAUGACUGCCAAACCCACUGUACGGUGCCUUUCCAUGUUCUGGGAAUGAAGUGCAGUGGCUGUGGGUCCUACAACACAGCACAGGAUGGGGGACUGAUACAGCAGCCCCAAGAACCACAGACACAGGAACCACAGCCCCAGGAGCAAGAGCCAGAGCAGCAGCCCCAGUCCCCAGUACCAGAACCAUAGAAUUAGAAUACCUAUCAUUUUAAUUAUAUGGAGAGAACAUUGGGACUCCACCCCCUAGUUCUCUAUGCUCCACAUUACUUCCCCAGUCUACGCAGACUUAACUACAUUAUCCACCUCUUUCCCAACAUUGCUCUGCCAAGAGUACAGGUAGUCAUGCCUGGGUUCCAGAACCUGGGUCCAGGACCUCAGGGUCCCAUACUUGGAUCCUCCUUCUAGUGUGUUGUACAGCAGUUUUGGGAUUGAAUUUCUGUUAUUACAUACCCAUUAUAAAGACAUUGCUAUUGAUCCAUUUGUUUCUCAGAUAAAAGGCCAGCAGAAGAUAAUUUUGAAUGAGGAAUUAAAUAUAGUCAGCCACACAUAAUUUAUUUCCCAUUUUGUCUCAAGUUGGAAUGGAUUAAUGUCUGUCAAUAAUGCAUUCACAAAAUGAUUUAGAGUUAUGUGUGUGUGGGGUGGGGUGGGGGGGGCUUUGUUUGUCUAAAAGCCUAACUAAAUGCUUCAGACUGACAUUUUACAAUGGUAAUGGGAUUUAAUUUCUGUUUGUAAAACUCAGGUAUUUGAAAUAGUUUAGAUAUGGUUUAACAUCAAAUUGUGUUCAUUCCAUGUUUGAGUUGAAUAUUAAUCUUAGAGGAGUGGAUUAUCAUGAUUAACACAUGUAAAUUAUUGGAUAAUUACUGCAGUUAGACAAUGGCUGUUGGCAACUAUAUCUCACUCUAUGCUUAGCUCAUAUUGUCAGCAUUGUUGCUCAAACAUAAGAGAGAAAUAGAGAAUAAAAAUAUUGCAUAUG